AUGGCUUUCACCUUUCACUCCAACACCUUCUCCAGUAUCAUUGAUACUUCUACAACCCAGCCAAUGUCCUCUACAGCUCUCAACUUCUUCGCUGCACUACAUGAAGGAGGCCUCAAGGUUUACAGAGCCUCGGAAUUGGGGCUUUUGGAUGUGAAGGUUCGAAUAGCCGGGGUUGGCGGUAGUGCCUUCAUUGAAAUCGGACGCCUGUCCAAAAAGAAACUCGUUGCGGUGAAACGAAGCCGGGAGCUCUCUGAGCCGAAGUUAACUCCAGCUGCCUUUAACAAGCACUUUGACCAGUUAGUACUUGAACUACGAAUCCUGGGGCAGAGGAAGAUGAGAAAGAACCCCUAUGUUGUGAACAUGCUUGGAGUGUGCAUAGAUGAACUUAAUGGCGCACCAUCACUCGACCUAGUCUAUGAAUACUCCAGCUUAGGAUCCCUGACUUCUUUUCUGAUAUCUUACGCAGAAGCAAUAUCUACUACCCAAUGCAUUCAGUUAAUCCUCCAUGUUGCCAAAGGUCUUGCAGCGUUUCAUGACUUGAAGAUAUGUCACGGCGACGUAAAGACGCAGAAUGUCCUUGUCUUCCCCUCAAACAAUGCUGAAGACGCAUGGGUCGCUAAGAUUUCCGAUUGUGGUGGUUCACUUAUCGCUCCUCAAGAUGAUCCAUCCGCCAAACUCGAGCCUCGUAUUGGUACUCGUCUCUUGAAUGCCCCAGAAAUCAGGAAAGGCCAAUAUCCAAUAGGUAGUUGGAUCACGAUUGAAGGUGCUAUGCUCACAGAUAUAUUUUCCUUUGGCCUUCUUGUAUGGGAAGUAUUGAAUGGUGGCAAAUCCUUCCUCGAUCCCCGCUGGGUUGGACCUUGCUUGAACGACAUGGACAUUGACUCCAUUGAAGAGUUGUUGAACAAUCUGCCAAACAAUAAACUUCAAUUUCAUGGCUUGGAGUUUAUUGGAGCCUUGGACCUUGAGGAAUCUUCCUACGAUCGUCUCUCCUUAUUGCUCAAAGGAGCAUUACAAGAUGAUGCAGAAUCUCGAGAAUCUAUGGAGAAGCUGGCCGAAAUUCUUGAAGGGCCAGUCCUAGAGACAUCUGAAGACUUAUCCGAGAUUCUUGAGGAUUCAUCAUCUGAAAGCCUCGGGGAGAUUUUAGCAGAGGUUUUUAAUAUCUCUUUAUCAUCCUGGACUACAAGUCACUCACUAUAUGAGGUACUUGAUCACGGCAAAAUGCAAGGAUAUGAUUUCAGCAAUGAUUUACCACUAGCUCUCCGUGAGCGUAUCCUGUCAGAACUAAAGGCCUUAGCUACAAGUAAAGCACUUUCACAGAUUGCCAGGGCCCAUGCUGCCAUGAUUGUGUCAGAAUGUUACACUAUCGGCUUUGCUGGACGGCACGACCUCAACGAAGUUCUAUCCUGGAUCAAUACUGCGUCUAUAGAAGGCUUAGAGAAAGCUAGUCUAUGGCACUACCGCAUUUUUGACACCUUUGACAUUGAUCCUCCGGCUCGUACCAACUUUGAAAUAAGCUUGUUCGAUGACAGAACACUUUUCUCGUUACCCUCACCCCUCUACCUCAUAGGGAGAAUUCAUCUUUUCAAUACGACGAUAUUGCAGAUCACUCGGGAAUCGAUAAGCCUUCAUCGGGACUCUAAGCUAUACUCUCUAAGCGGCACUUUCAGUGUGCCCCUUUUUAACGAUACAAUGGUUGAUGAAAUAGUGCCGUUGCAUUUGGCUGCAUGGUUUGGAGACAAUGAAGCGGUCAAAAUACUGCUACAGCAUACUUCACCGUCCUUGGAGUCCAAACUUGGUCUCAAUGCUGUACAUUAUGCCUGCCUAGGUGGUCAUUUAUCCACUCUACAGAUCUUACUACAGGGUGGUACUCCGAUAAGGGCAUCGGAUAUUCUCGACAUUACGCCGCUUCACUUUAGUAUAUUCUUUAUGCCCGAAGACCUCCAGAAUGCCGUCGAACUACUACUUGACAGGAGUACAUCCCUUGCAACAUUCUCAACGAAGACACUUAAAUGGGAUGCUCACGACCUAUCUCUCCAAGGAACUGCACUAUAUUGGGCUGUAUCUACUAGAUAUAGAGAUUUAGUCAAGCUUUUGGCGCCACAUCACAAAUUUCCUGACUAUGGAUGUCUUUCGAGAGCCAUAGGCAGUUUCUUUUGGGAGAUUAUAGAAGAUCUACUCCCGUACUUUGAGGGGGAUCCCGAGCUGUCCAAUGACCUCACAUGCCUCCAAACUAUUUCUCGUCCCUUUUUCCAUUGGAUAGCUCAUGGACGCGAGGGACCACAUGCCAUUGCAAAAACAGUUGAAUUAUGCAAGAGAUAUGAGCUCCUGGGAUCCAAUCAGGACGGGUCCACGCAUCUCCAAACAUUGGUGUCUAAUGCGUUAACUGAAGAUGACCUUCGAUUAGUCCAAGCUGUGAUAUCCACCUCUUCCGAUUGCUACAUAAAGCAAACCAGGUCUAGUAUAUACGCAACCCCGAUAUUAGAUACAGCCCUUCAAAUAAGUAAACAUAACGAAACAUGGUCUGAUACCAUACGAGAAAUCGCAAGUCAUUACACAAUUGAUGAGUUGCAGGAUCAUACUGGCGUAUUCGGGUCCGGAAACUAUCUUGCGACUGCAGUCCAGUAUGAUUCAGUGGUCGGUGCUCGGAUCUUGUUGGAGAUGGGGGUAGACGUGAACAAGCCCAGCUCCAGUGACCCUCUUUCUACGGCUAUCUUUGACGCUAUAUCAAUGUAUGCGUCUUCAGAGAUGAUAUCGCUUCUUAUAGCGAAAGGAGCAGACCUACUCGCCAAACACCCCAUGACAGGAACAUCGCCAUUGCAAUGGCUUAUCAUGGGACGUGGACAGCAAGUACUUCUUGACAACCUCUUGAACCACGACUAUCCAGACGCAGUAUACAUCCAAUCAUUGCAAUUGGCACUAGAAGGUACUCUUCUGCAACUUUCACGACCUGAAAGGUAUCGAGCAGACAGUCACGAGGUCUUCCGCUACCUUCUUACACAAGAAAGAUUCACAAGAUAUAUCAACACGGCAGAUAGCAACGGUCGAACCUUGAUCCAGAGGGCUUCUUUCGCCCUGAGUUCUACCAGUGUGCGCCUCUUGCUCGAUGCUCAAGCAGAUGCAAACAUUGCUUUUCAAUGUGCCCAGGGGCAAGUCUUACCUUUGCAGAUUGCCUGUUCUCAGGGGAGAGGCCUAUAUGCUAUUUCAAUGCAAACAACUAUUAAAGACAGCAGGCUGAAUCGAGAACGGAGAUCUAAUGCGAUGGAUGUGGCUGCUGAGCUGUUGAGAUGGCAUCAUGCGCGAGGGGACCUCACGUUUCAAGGUAUAACCGAGCUUCAUUUGGCCUGCCGAAUGGCCAUAGAACAAGAAAUAGCAAGGUUGAUGGAAAAUGGCUACGACCCGAAGGCCAAAGGUUCAUGGCCAGGCAUUGAGCAGCCAAUCACACCACGGGAUCUACUAGAACUUGACAUACAAGACUCUACUAUGGCAAACACAUUUCGAUAUAAUUCGUUAUGGGAGACCGAGUUCGAGAUAGCAGACGCAGGGUCUCCUUCCUGGAGAAACCGCGAUGAGACAUCGUCGUUGUCCUCGAUUUCGGAUCAUAGCGAUCUCUCCUUUCACUAA